CCACUACUUUACUCUUUGGUUCAGUUUUAGUGGACCAAUCGGUGAAAAGGGGGCGGAGUCUGCGCCAAACGAACAAGCUGUGAGUUGCGGAUGAGAGCAGCAGAGAGAAACGGCACUUACGUCCAUCCUGUUCUACCUUACGCCCUUUAAUAACGCUCUUCUGUGGUGCGUGCUGAGAUGUCGAUCCUGUACGUUUCGUCCCCUCUUCUCCUCCUCCUCUUCCUGUUCUCCAUCCUGUUGCCGGGCUACGGUUGCCGGGCGGCGGACAUUCCAGAGGACACCACAUCGGAGUUCUCGGCCAGACUGUACCACCGGCUGCAGGCAGCGGGGGGUCAGGAAAACAUAAUUUUUUCCCCUCUGAGUGUGGCUGUUGCCCUCGGCAUGGUGGAGCUGGGAGCCAGGGGGACUUCACUGGAAGAGAUACGAGAGGCUGUGGGAUUCAGUCACCUGCUGCCGGGCGUGGAGUUCUCUUUGCUCCAGAACCUGACAGAGGCGCUCUCCGAUGAUGAUGCCCACUACGUGAUCCGGUUCGCAAACAACCUCUACCUGCAGGAAGGUAUCAGCUUUAACCCGGAGUUUCUGCAUCUGAUGAAGAAAUACUUUCGAGCUGAAGUGGAAACCGUGGAUUUCAGCGAAUCUUCGGCAGUCGCCGAGCAGAUCAACAACUGGGUGGAGAAUCAUACAGAGAGUAAGAUUCGUGCACUGCUAUCAGCCGAGGACUUCAGCAGCAUCACCCGUCUGACUCUGGUAAACGCCAUCUAUUUCCGAGGCUCCUGGAAAAAUCAGUUCAGGCCAGAGAACACCAGGACCUUUUCCUUCAGCAGAGAUGAUGGCUCGGAGGUUCAGACCUUGAUGAUGUAUCAGCAGGGAGAAUUUUACUAUGGUGAGUUCAGUGAUGGAUCCCAGGAGGCUGGCGGUGUGUACCAAGUGUUAGAGAUGCCCUAUGAGGGCGACGACAUGUCCAUGAUGAUUGUACUGCCCCGGCAGGAGGUUCCUCUGGCUUCCCUGGAGCCCAUCAUCAAAGCACCACUGCUGGAGGAGUGGGCAAACAAUGUCAAACAACAGAAGGUGGAGGUGUACCUGCCUAGGUUUAAGGUGGAGCAAAAGAUUGAUCUAAAAACCACCCUGCAGGAUCUGGGAAUUACAAAAAUCUUCACCAAUGACGCCGAUCUCUCUGCCAUGACAGAUGGUAAGGACCUUUACAUUGGAAAGGCAGUGCAGAAGGCUUACCUGGAGGUGACAGAGGAGGGUUCAGAAGGAGCUGUUGGAUCUGGAAUGAUUGCCCUGACCAGGACUCUGGUGCUGUACCCGCAGGUCAUGGCGGAUCACCCAUUCUUCUUUGUCAUCAGAAAUAGAAAAACAGGCUCAAUCCUCUUCAUGGGCAGAGUCAUGACCCCUGAAGUCGUUGAGCCCUUCGACCAAGACUUCGACUCCAUGUAGACGAGAGGCGAGGCCGCUCUGUCUCUGCAAAUCAAUUCCUGACGUCAUAAUUGCUACCUAUUCUCUAUCGCUAUCUUCAGCUGUGUUUUAUACUCUUUACAAAGAAUAUAUAUUAUCCAAUUACAAUUACAAUAUAAUAUAUGAAGAAUACAUACAGUAUACUGCAUAAUGUGACUGUGUUUUUAUACUGGAAGCUUUAAAUUCUUGGAUACAUACACGCAGACAAAGGAAGAUGUAAAUAUUCACGAGUUAAGUGCGGUUUGUAUGAGCGACAGGAACACACUGGAUGUAAUACAUGCACAGCCCCUUUAAGUUCAGCUCAGCCAUUUCUGCUUCUCACUCACCUGCUACCAAACAUAUGACACACAAAAUGUUCGCACUUUAAGAGCGACACUUUAAUUACAUACCUGUAUGAUUGGCAUUGUGUUCUAUAUACAUAAAUAUGUGUACUAUUUAUUGCAGAAAAGAACUCUGCAAGCAUUAAGUUCCUACAAAAUAUCUUAGUAUUGAGACAUUUGUUUUUAUGCUGUAGGCACAUAGCUUGACUGCUGAGGAAUUAUUAUGCCUUAUCAUAUGGGAAUGGUUAAUUGAGCAACAGAUGGGCAUCUUACAGGUGAGUCGAGGGGGUUGUGCAACUAGGCCAGGUUGACAUGGAGAUGCACCAGAGGAUGCGGGUAGAUCUGCAAUGCUCUUUUGGAUGUACAUUUAGUAAGAAACAGUAACACCAGCUGUAUUGAUUGGUUCAUUUGACAAAACAUGAAUGUGUUUCCAUUAAAAUAUUUCUCUCUUUCUCUGUUUCUGAGACAGAUAGAUAUAUAACCUU